ACAUCUCGCUUGAUAUCAGGACAAAGCAGGAGUAGCCUCACAGCAUUUGGCAGUUACAUUGCACUACUCUAACUCUAAACUUCUGAAUAUCACUUCAAGAACUAUUCGAUACGACCGUAGAAUUCAAAACGGCAGUACGCAGUGUCGUCAUAACACCAGAAAAAUGCGAUAAGAUCGGAAUGGCGGAGGGUAACUAUUUCUCCCUGGACGAUAUAUUGGCAACGCAGGAGAAAAUGCCCUGUAAACUUGUAAUGCCUAUUUACCGUUUAGGGUAUUUAGAUCCAAGCUCUGAAGGCGAUAAUCUUCCAGCUGACACAAAAAUGGAACUUCCAUUUUGGAUGGCAAGAGCACUGUGUAGUCGUAAGCGCCACAUUGUUAGCGUGGAAAUGCCCAAACAAUAUCGUGAAGGUUAUCGAGAGAUCUUGUCUGCAGAUGCCAGUGUUGUGGACCUACACAAGUUGGGACCAUUCUUCUACAGCUUUGGUUCACAACUCCUAAACUUCGAGCAUCCAGAGGGAACUGAUAUUGCCAAGUGUUUAUUGAAGACUUUCCAGUCUCGAUUUCGUAAAAUAAUGGAUUCUUCCCAGAAUGCCUUGAACGAAGACAAUUCUCAAUUGACCGAGCGACUGGACGAGACAGAGAAAGUUUUGUUUUGUGCUGGGCAGAAGGGACUGAAUGAUUUCCUCAGAUGGGAGAAGAGAGAAACGGAGAAACUGGUUACAUCGGCCAUGGUUCAAAAUCACCGAAAGAGGAAGCGAGCUAUCAUGGAGAGAUCCUAACAUGAGAUCAAUAUGAGAAUCUCAGAUGCCCAGAACUUGUCUCCAUCCUGCCCUGUGUCACUGAUGGUGGCACAAUAUAGCCAGGAAAUCUUUUGAAAAGGCUUGUCAUCACCAAAGUGAUAAAUGUCUUGUUUACUGUCAAACACUGUUCCCUGUGUCACGUCUAUAGUGGCUAUGGGUUAAAACAAUACAGCAAGGUUACAAUACAUCAUGUACAGGGGCGGUCGGGUAGCCUAGUGGUUAAAGCGUUCGCUCGUCACGCAGAAGACCCGGGUUCGAUUCCCGACAUGGGUACAAUGUGUGAAGCCCAUUUCUGGUGUCCCCAGCCAUGAUAUUGCUGGAACAUUGCAAAAAGUUGCGUAAAACCAUACUCACUCACUCACCCACAGCACAAUUGUAUCCUAGCACCCAUUAGGUCUUUUUUCUCCUGGAGGGUCACAUAUAUACAGUCCAUAAUGAGUGAUGAAGAAACAUUACAUGUGUCGAUACCAUGAACGACUUCCAGCUGGCGACCCGUGAAGAAUUUGACUUCAGCAACCUAUGCUUGUCGUAAGAGGCGAUUAACGGGAUCGGUGGUCAGGCUUGCCAACUUGGUUGAUGCAUCGUAUCCCAACUGUGCAAAUCAAUGCUUGUGAUGUCGAUCACUGGAGUGUAUAGUCCAGACUUGAUUUCUACAGACUGGUCCAGGCAGGCCACAAAGUUUAAAUUUUUACCAAGUAGCCAUAUGGCAACAAGUAUUUUUUUCCAGGUAGCCAGUGGUAAAAUUGAGAAGUCAAGCCAAUAGUGUAGGUGGCCAAAAGCAUUUGAAAUUGGCUUUGAUCAAAUACUAUUAUUGUAUAUUAUUGGAAACUGUACUUGGGUUUUGUUAUUUGUGACUCGAACAAUGAUCCAAUUUAUGUUAGUAGAUCAUAUACAUUGUUGGUAUAUCCUUGCUUAUCCAAUAAACUAUCAACGAAAAUAAAAUACGAAUUACAUUAAUUUUUAUGUAUUUCGGUUCAUUGUUGACUUUGGGAGGAAUUAUUUGCAAGUACAAUUAGUAGCAGACAUGUUCAUUUUUGUGUCUAAAUAUGUGUAGAAAUAGAAUUUAGUCGCCACAAGAUAUUUUUCAAGGUAGUCAUUUGGCUACCUCUGAAUUUUAGACAGUAGACAAAUUGAAAUUUAGGUUGCAUUGGCGACAGUUUAAGUCGCAACUUUGAGGCCUGGCAGACUCGAUUAUUUACAGACCGCAGUCAUAUAGCUGGAAUAUUGAUGAGUGUGGUGUAAAUUAACAAACAAACAAAACAUCCAGCUGGUGACCUGUAAGAUAGGAUCAGUGGUAAUGUUACCUAGCAAGUAACCAGGUGAGCUACCUGGUUAACACCCGUAUACGACUCUCACAAGUAGAACUGUUGAAGUGGCGAUCCCUAUUUAUGGAGGGUACAUGUGUAAGCUAAUAACCCUCGAAUUGUAUUUACUUGUUGAAAAUAUGCAAUUAUUAAUAAAUAU